AACCUUGACGAAGUUGACGGCACUGCGCAGCAGCAGCAGCACCAGCAGUCAUCGGACAGGUGGCUGCCAUCGUCACCGCACAGGGACACGACAGGAGACACGCGGAGGGCACGCUGGAAAUGUCUGACAUAAAAAUAGUCUGAGAGAGGAGCAGAGCUGAAUCCAAACUGACUUUUGAGGUGACAGUCGAACCAAAAACAAGGAGAGAGAAAUCGGGUGUGUGUGUGUGCGUCUCCUCCAGCAUCCCACAAGAGAGGCAGAGAGAGAGAGAGAGUUAGAGGGAGAGAGAGAGGGAGAGAGAGUUAGAGAGAGAGGGAGAGAUCAGCACCAGCAGUCUGACAAAGCUGCGCUCCCUCGAAGUUUGACAUCUCCGGCGGGCUACAGAGGGAGUUCUGCUCCGCUGCUGCCAUGGAGCCUCGGAAGUGUACUGGAUCUGUAUUGAUUGGAGUUUACCUGUGGGCGACAUUCUGCUGUCAAGGUUGUCAUGGCGGUAUGUACCAGAGGAAGCUCUACCACGACCUCAUGGUCAACUACAAUCGGCUGGAGAGACCCGUCCAGAACGACUCAGCCCCCAUCGUGGUGGACCUAGGCCUCACACUGCUGCAAAUCAUUGAUGUGGAUGAAAAGAACCAAGUGUUGAUCACAAAUGCCUGGCUGCAGCUGUACUGGACAGAUAUUUACCUUUCAUGGAACCCAGAGAGCUACCCCGGGGUGCAGAACCUUCGCUUCCCUUCUAAUCUGAUAUGGGUUCCAGAUAUCCUCCUCUACAACAGCGCUGAUGAGAGGUUUGAUGCAACGUUCCAUACAAAUGUGCUGGUUAAUGCCUCAGGAGCCUGCCAGUACAUCCCACCAGGCAUCUUGAAGAGUACCUGCUACAUCGACGUACGGUGGUUCCCAUUUGAUGUGCAGAAGUGUGACCUGAAGUUUGGCUCCUGGACUCACAACGGCUGGCUGCUGGACCUCCAGAUGAUGGAUGUAGACAUCUCUACCUACAUACCCAAUGGGGAGUGGGACCUCGUAGGUGUGCCAGCUAAGCGUAAUGAGCUGUACUACGACUGCUGUAAAGAACCCUACCCCGAUGUGACGUUCACAGUCACCAUGCGCCGCAGGACACUUUACUACGGCCUCAACCUGCUCAUCCCCUGCGUGCUCAUCUCUGGUCUGGCUCUGCUGGUCUUCCUGCUCCCUGCUGACUCCGGAGAGAAGAUAUCACUGGGCAUCACAGUGCUGCUGUCUCUGACGGUAUUCAUGUUACUGGUAGCAGAAAUCAUGCCUGCCACUUCAGACUCUGUUCCUCUGAUUGCUCAGUACUUUGCUAGUACCAUGAUGAUUGUGGGCUUGUCUGUGGUGGUAACAGUCCUGGUACUACAGUUCCAUCACCAUGAUCCCCAUGGAGGGAAGAUGCCUAAAUGGGUUCGAGUCAUCCUCCUCAACUGGUGUGCUUGGUUUCUCCGCAUGAAGAAGCCUGGAGAGGAAACCAAAACAGCUGUGAGCUCUAGGAGCCCCCCAAACUACAAGUACUCCCAUCCUCCUCCUCACCACACCAGCACCAGCAGCAUUCAGAUGAGCACCAUACCUGGCCAGGCAUCCACCCAGUCAACCACGACCAAUGGGAGCAUGAACCUGUACUUUGGCUACCACUCAAUGGGCACAGACAGCCCUGCUUUCCCACCGAGCACAGAUUCAGGUGUGGUGGUGUGCGGCGGCGGUGGUGGAGGAGGAGUUGGCCACCCUAACAGCUCAUCCCCACACGACAUCCAUUCAGAGCAGACGCGGACAUUACUGCUGGAGCAGGUCCCGGAAAUUUCCCAGAUCCUGGAGGAAGUGCAGUACAUUGCGAGGCGCUUCCGAGAGCAGGAUGAGGGAGAGGCGAUCUGCAGCGAGUGGAAGUUUGCGGCGGCGGUGGUGGAUAGGUUAUGCCUGGUGGCCUUCUCGCUCUUCUCCAUCAUCUGCACCUUCACCAUUCUCAUGUCGGCUCCCAAUUUCAUUGAGGCUGUGUCCAAAGACUUCACAUAAUUCUGAUAUCUUCCCUCUCUGAGAGGAGAGAAGAGAGGCAAGGCUAACAUUAAGAAAAAUCCUGACACAAUUAGAACUGUGCCACACAAGCUUCCCUGCUUCUGCUGUGUGAAGUACCACAAGAUCCAGAUGUUUUAAGUGUUACAAGUUACAGUACUUUGAAACCAAACUUUUCCUUCUUUCUUCACAUACAGUAUUUGUCAGUAAUAUCUGGGUGUAUUUGGGUAUAACCGGGGUGAUGUGUUUUUAACCAUUUCAAGGUGGCUGUCCUCGCGAACACCUUACAUAAAAUAUGCCAUGUAGGAGGUUGAGGCUACAUGCAGUAGUUAAUUAUGUACAAACUCACACUAAUGCACUUUUCAUCUGUAUCCCUGCUGCACCACAUCAUUUACCUCCCAUCACAUGCACUUCAUGUCUCAUCAAAUACACUUCCUACCUUUCCAGCCCUUCCUUUUCUGCUCCGUUCCCCACCAUAGUGCUUCUCAUCUUCUAGAAACAUCUCAGUAUCUUCAGCUGUUACACACAGUUCAGUCAAUAAACGGUUUUAGAAAUCAUUUUUUCAGUCCUGUAUUCUAGUAAUGCUAGUGUUUUGUAUUCUGUAAAUAAAUCCUACAUCUUACUUUACAUCUUACUUUAUAAAUGUGGUGAGAUGAGAUUAUGUCUUUUCUAUUGAGUGACUUUACCGGGAGCUAGUGACAUGUUGACCCACAGCACUGUACAUCUUCUCUUCAAACUAGAACUGCAACUUAUGAUUAUUUUCAUUUUCAACACAGAAGGUGACCAGAUUCAGAUUGCUUGUUUUAUCCAACAGCCCAAAACUUUCAGAAGCAAACAAAAAUUAUGAAAAUAUUCGCAUUUACUUUUUUCACGUAUGCACAGACAAGAUUGUUUCUUUCUCACCUCUUUCCAGUCACCCUUAUUUCCUUGCCCUUCAUUUUUUUGCCACCAGUCUUCUCAUUUCCUUCAUGCACAGCACAGCUCAGGUCCAGGUCCUGUAUCUAUAAAGUCACACUUAACAGCAACAUAUAAGACAUUUACAGUUUUGCUCUUUCUAAGUCAAUUUAAUAGACCACGAAGUGACCUCAGAAAGGGAUCUCCUAACAGCCUCCGUCCCUUAUGCUAAACAGUAUAUAGUGUGGUUAGCAUAUGAUACUCUGUGGCUAUUUGUAAUUCACUCACAUUAGUUCACAAUGCAUUUAUCUUUUGAGAGUAAUUCAAUGUUUAUCUGACAAUGUGUUGCUGUAUUAAACUCCUUGAUGAUCGGAGCAACGAUUAACAGACAAUAUUUGUUUUGUGUGAGGGAUUUUUAAAUGUGUUCUGAAAGGAUAUCACCCCAGUAGGGAUGCAUUUGAAACUAAUCUCUUGUAGUGCAGAGUGCUUUGUGUUUUUACUCUCUAAUACUCAGCAAAAAGGCAAACAUUUUCUUCUCUAAUCUCUAGUAACAACAUGAGGAUUACUGGGUGACCUUAUGUAACAGAUUUGUGUUAAACCUUGUCUCUUCUCACCACCCGAGUGUCCUCUGUGAUCCUCAGUGGGACAAGACAUGUGUGAAUUCCCACUUUUACACACACAACUGAACUCACAGACCUGUCUGACUAGACACUUGGCCAUUUUAAGUGACGUUUUGAGAGGAAAGGCGAGGAAUAAAAGCAGCAUCAUACAGUUCAAUGUGUGACUGCUACAGGAAUAGUCACUGAAAUUGAAUUCAUGCUGUUACAGCUAAUCAAUAGGCUGAGUACAGACUAAUAGCUGCCACCUGAUGAAUCCAACACAGUAAAGCGUUUAAAUGUCAUAUCCUCUCAUAAUGGACAAACAGGAGGAGGUCAAGCCAAUGCUAGCUGCAGUACAUUGCAAAACUCAUUGUGUGGACAAUGUUCUUUUAUUUUUCAAGAUUCAAUAAUCUUUAUAAGUCUAACCUAGAUGUGAUAUUUACAUUUGGUUUAAGCAUCUCAAAUAUAAACAGUUUUUCACAAAAAUGUAAUGCAAUGCUAGCAGAGCCAUUGUUGUACUUGAAGGAACAAGUUGACAUUUUGGGUUUCUUGACGAGGGUUAGAUGACAAGAUCGACACCACCACAUAUACGAAGCUACAGUUAGCAGCUGUGGUUAGUAUAGCUUAGCAUAAAGGCAACCAGCCGAGACUCCAGGAAAUCACUUCACCCAGCCAAGAAAUAAUUAGUGAGCUUUAGAGGUGCAGGGAGAUGGAUUUUGUUACCUUUGGACAGUGUCAGGCUAGUUGUUUACCUCUGUUUCCAAUCUUUAUGCUAAGCUAGGCUAAGUAGCUGCUGGUUGUAGUUUCCUAUCUAAUCCUAUCUAAUCUAAUCUAAUUGUUACCACAAGAGUGGUAACAAUCUUCUCGUCUUACUCUUAGCAAGGAAGCAAAUAAGCCUAUUUCUUUUCCUUCAAUACUGGUCAGUUUGCACAUCGUGUUUGUAGAUUGUGAGUUUCAGGGGUUACUGCAGGUGAAAACAGAGUACUAAGAUUUCAUGAUCUGAGAGAACAAAACUGUUUGUUUUUUUCCACAGAAACCAUGCUGGGUUUAUUGUUUUGCUUGUCAAAGUUCAUGUGAACAGAAGUGAAGGAUGCUGCUGUAAGUAUGUUGCAUAAUAGAUCAAGGAAUAAUGCAAAACCUUGAUCGGUGACUCAUCUAGGAGAAUAUGGACACUGAAGAUGUAAAGACAUAUAGUAUAUGAGACCAGGGAUAAGUGUCUAUAUACUGUACAUGUGACUUGGCCCGACAACUCAUGACAGCCAGUUAUGUAGAUAUUCUCUGAGAUGACCUCACCCUUUUCUAUUGUUACUUACUCUUGUUGAUGUGUAUUCAGCAUUUUUUAGGUUUCCACAUGAGAAGCAUUAAUGGCACAGAUAGUGUGCCAAAAAGAAGAAUGAUGCUGAUUCUGAAAUGAGACUGUAAUGAAAACAUGAAGAAGACAUUCUGCUACUUUGAAGCUGAAGCCAAACAAGUAGCUCAAAAAGCAAAAAUGUGAGAUUGUUUUGACAAAUAUUGAAAAGUGAGGGUGUCACUGUCUGCUUUUCCCAUCCCAUCACAGGCUUUUUUUUAGUUCAAUCAACAGUGUUGUAUUUUGGUCAACUUGAGUGUCUUUUUCUUUGUGGUCUGUGCCUCUCUGCUCAGUAUGAUUCAUUCUCCUUUAAAGGAUGUACAUACAUGCUCACUGUACAUGACUAUUUUGCGAAAAAUAAACAAGACAUGUGCUAA